AUGGCCUUGGUCUCUAGAAGGUCGACAAGAUCGGAAAGCACCUCAAUAACAAAGGAAGAGCAUACAGGAGAAGGUUCAUUGACGAAGUUGUUCUUCCGAUGGCUUGUUACCUUGGAGGGUGAUCAGGAUAUAAACGAUGGAAAAGGUUAUAUAUCGUUACCGAAUGUCUCGAAUUAUAUAUUCUUCCUUGGUGGCAGGUUCAGGACAGUAAAGGGCGCCAAACCGUUGUGGUUAGGUGUUCUCCUUGCUAUUGUAUGUCCCAUGGUUCUCUUCUCCAUAUUUGAGGCUCACAAAUUGUGGCAUACCCAAAAUGGUUAUAAAGUGCUGGUCAUUUUCUUCUAUUAUUUUUGGGUCAUAACGCUAGCAUCCUUUAUCAGAACAGCCACUAGUGAUCCUGGCGUUCUUCCGAGAAAUAUUCAUUUAAGUCAACUAAGAAAUAAUUAUCAGAUCCCGCAAGAAUAUUACAACUUGAUAACACUACCAACACAUUCUUCAAUUUCAAAAGACAUUACUAUCAAGUAUUGUCCAUCAUGUAGGAUAUGGAGACCACCUCGGUCUUCUCACUGUUCCACAUGUAACGUCUGCGUAAUGGUUCAUGACCACCAUUGCAUAUGGGUCAAUAAUUGCAUAGGAAAAAGGAACUACCGGUUCUUUUUAAUAUUCCUGUUAGGUGCAAUACUUUCGUCCGUCAUAUUAUUAACUAAUUGUGCCAUCCAUAUUGCACGGGAAUCAGGGGGGCCUCGCGAUUGUCCCGUUGCAAUAUUGUUACUUUGCUAUGCAGGGCUAACCUUAUGGUAUCCGGCAAUACUGUUUACUUAUCACAUAUUUAUGGCAGGUAAUCAGCAAACAACAAGGGAAUUUUUGAAAGGUAUUGGAUCGAAAAAAAACCCUGUAUUCCAUCGUGUGGUCAAGGAGGAAAACAUAUAUAAUAAGGGGUCCUUUUUGAAAAAUAUGGGUCACUUGAUGUUAGAACCAAGGGGCCCAAGCUUUGUAAGUGCCAGAAAGCCACAUGAAGCUGGAGAUUGGAGAUUUAUGGAUUUAUCGCCAGCACACAGCUUUGAAAAAAUACAGAAAAUAUAA